CCAGCUCUAAGCAUGGAUAGUAGAAUAUUUAGAAGUGUAACAAACGGAUACACAAAUCAAAAUAUUGAUUGUAUUGACGACUUAUGCUAUGAUUUAUACGUAUCAUCAAACACAGAGGAGAAUUGUAAGGAUGUUCUGGAGGAUUUGCCUCCGGUGGAUUUGAACCUGUCAUACUCAGGUUCAACUUCAAACAGUGGGUCCCAACAAUCAUCAACUAGGAAAAAUAUAGACAAGGCAGUGGAAGGUGGGGGUAGUAUUAAAAAUAAAAGAUCAGAUAGAGAAAGUGCCAAACAGAAAAUAGCCGGUGAGAAAGCUGCAAAGAAACAGAUGCAAGAAUUAAAUAAGAUUUAUAAGCCUGGGGAAUGUAUGAAGUACAUGCAAGUAGAGGUGCAUCCAUCUUUCAUGGAGAAGUGGUACACGGGUGACAUAGAACGGGAAGUGUCACUCAGUGGUGCAAAGAUUGUCACCUCUUUAGACCUAUUUGAUCCCAGUCUAGUGUUGUGGAAGAGGAGUGUGCCGCAGAAAUUGGUUUCUAAUGAUGGAAAUUUAGAUAUGACACCACGUCAUGAAGUCAGUGAUCGUGGACUCUAUGUGAUGACGGCUGCGGACGCUGCACAAUACAUAUGUGAACACAAGUUGUCACAACAUGUUGCUGCUGCCAUAGAGAUGGCUAAUGUCAAACUAACACUUGUUAUAUUUGGUGAACAGGAAUAUUUCAAGACUGCAUCAAAGAAAAAAGGAAACAAUCAGGUUAUGAGCGAAGUGGACUUAGAAAUGGCUAUCUCGGAUCUGCUUGUCAGUACAGGAAGUGAUACAGUUGUGGUGAAUCAAGCCAAUGAACUUGCCUUACUUAUUGUACAAUUCACUAAAGCUAUUGCCGAAGCGCCAUACAAACAGUUAAAACGCGCUUGUGAUGAGCAAGCAGACUUCUACAUGCGCGGGGAUAAUAAAAAAUGUGUUUCAGUGGAUAAAGAUGGUAACGGAUUAAGUUGUCUAUGGCAGCAAAUGCUAGCGGUGUUGCCACAAAGCAGCUUGGAGACAUCGCGCGCUCUAUGCGCACAUUAUAAAACGCCGUCUGACUUGUAUGAGACUCUGCAUUUGCCAGAAGGUGUGAAGACAGUGGCUGAGUUAGGAGUGACUCGCUCGGCAGUUCCAGGCAGUAGAGCACGGCGAGUUGGACCUGAAUUUGCCAGGAAAUUACACAGCCUACUGACUGCCGAAGAUGGAAAUAUGUUAAUUGAAUGA